UUUGUAUUAUUUGGUACCCCGGGGACAUCGCCAUGAGGAUCAUAUGUUCAAUCAUAUAUAUUUUAAGAGAAUUAUAAAGUUAUGUUAAAUUCAGAGGCUGAUUUGAUAAAGUGCACUACAUACAGAUUCAUAAAAUCCAUGGGCGCUGGUUCACUUGCAUGCAACACUUUACCACGGUGUAAUUGGAAAAUCUAAUUAAUUGUAAUACUUUUUCAUAUAGAUAGGCUUCCUCCUGUCAUAGGAAUGUUGAACGUAUACUACUAGUCACUGAAACUCGCGAUGAUGAAUCGAUGUAAAUAUGACAUCCUCUGUACAUUCUUGACCUAACCGUGUUAUACUUUUUCCUACCUCAUGUGUCGUAACUUGAUACCCUUAGCCUAAGCAAUAAGUUAACCUCAGCACAUUGCUUUCAGUUGAAGUGAACAAUUUGGUGACGCUGCUUGCGUUGGCAGUGGUGCACAAGCAUGAUUGACAACAGCUAAAACUCAACAAGUUCGACAAUAACACUGUGGUCUUAAAAAAAAAUCGUUAUAUGAUAGGAGAGGGUUCAGGCAAUGGCCCUUCACAGCAUAGAAUGAGGUCAUUUGAAUAAAUUAUUGAACAUAUCAGCACUGCUCUAUUCGCUUGGUUAGAUGCAAUGAGCGUACCGCAUUUAUAAUUUUGGAAGGUUGCAGGAUGGGGAGGAGGAGAUGGGUGACAUCAGGGAUGAGGUUGCAGCGUGAAAGUGGAACUGCCCAAGGAACGAUGGAGGGAAGGAGUGGGGCAUCGUGCCCGCACGGGCCGCGUUCACAAGGAGCCUGUGGCAACAGCGCAGAGACUCACUACUCAUCCAGCAGUGGGGCGAACAUGACUCACCACCAUGGAGGCAAUGACGGCCCCCCCAUGGUCCCCUGACCACGGGGACGCUUGGAGACAAAACAUUGCCCUGGAAGGCGGCCGCGUGUGAGCACCAUCUGCAGAGUCGACAAUGGCAUCGAGAGGGCAGGUGCGUGCGUGUGCGCUCCAGCAAUAGCCCCCGAGGCGUCUGCUCGCCCGCCCGUCUGCCCAGCCACACCAUGGACUCCCACGAAGUCAGGGACUCGGUGGAGCCGACGGAUCGGACCUCGCACUCAGACACGACACCGCAAACUGCCAGCACCUCCUCCCCAAAGCGGCCACACCACAGCCCCUCUCCAGACCAACGUGAAACCUCUUUAUAUGGAGAGGAGAGCACAGAGGGCAUCUCUAUGCACAGCAGAGAGACACAGCUCAACGGUGCUUUGCAUCCGGCUCAGAGCACCAGUAGCAAGAAGCACGUCAAGUUCGAUGCCGAGUCCGUGCAGAACGGCCGCGUCCGCCGCAAGAAGGACGCCGGUGGUGAUGACACUCCCAAACCUCCGGCCCCUCCGCAGCACGGCAACGGCACGGGCGGAGAAGGGGAUGGCGAGGCGCAAAGGGCGGUGAACCGGCUCACGCAGCGGGCCAGCUCAGAGAUGGCAGACGGCAAACCCGAGCGCGCCCUGGCCUCCUUCCGCAAGGCGUACGAGCGCUCAGGACAGCUCGCCGAGCCGGUGGCGAGGGCUGCGUGCGCCUUCAACCUGGGCGCGGCGUACGUGGCCGCAGACCAGGCUGACAAGGGCCUGCAGUACCUGCUGGAGGCCCAGGCGGCAGGGUCCCAGGACCGAGACCAGCGCGGGGACCUACUCUUCAACCUGGGCGUCGCGUACGAGGCGCUGCACGACCCUGCCAGCGCCGCACGCUGCUACGAGGACGCGCUGGCCCAGUACCGAGCCGACCAAAUGGGAGGCCAGGCCGACGCACAGGUGAAGCUGGGUCAGUGCUGCAUGCAGCAGGGCGAGGAGGCGCGGGCGGCCGACUGGUUCCUGGCGGCGGGACGGAGUUACCGCUGCGCGGGCCGGGCCGACCAGGCGGCCGAGGCGCUGUGCGAGGCCGGCGCGGCCCUGCUCCGCUCGCCCGCCACCGCUGGCACCGCCGCGGUGUCCGUGCUGGAGGAGUGCCGCUCCGCCUGUGUUCACGUCCGUGACAACGACGCGCUGUUGGCGCGUCUCUACAAUGAGCUGGGCCUCAGCUUCUCGCAGCUGCAGCUCUUCCCGGCCGCCGUCGACUGCUUUGAGCGGGCGCUGCCACUGAGCGAGGGCGUGGCGGACGCGGCCCGCCGGGCGGCCGUGCUGCAAAACAUGGGGGCCGUGCGCAACUCCCAGGGGCAGUUCCAGCUGGCUCUCGCCUUCCACCGGCAGGCCGCUUCGCUGCACGGUGAGCUCCAGAACCGCAACGCCCAGGGCCAGUGCUUCUGUAACCUGGCGUUCGCGUGCAGCCAGCUCGGGGACCACGAGGCCGCGGCGGAGAACUACCUCCACGCUCUGCAGGCGUUCCGCGACACAGGGGACGUGCACGGCCAGUGGCAGGCCAACGAGGGCCUCGGGGCGGCCAAGUUCCGGCUGGGGGACCCGGAGAAGGCCGUCUCCUGCUACAAGCAAGCACUGGCACUGCUCAGCCAGGACAAGGUAGCGGCUGGGGAUGCCCAGGAGAGGAUUGUGGGUAAACUUACGGAUGCCAUUCAGUACAGAGUGAGCAUCUCGAAAGCCAUGGGACAGCAGAUGGGAUACGUGCUAUCCCCCUCCGCGGUGAGACAAGAGAUGACCCAGUCGCACACCUACCUCAUGCCUUACGGGUACCACCUCCAACGGGCGCAGCCAAUAAGUGAAGGAGGCGGGCGUGGUGUGGUGCAUGUGGAUGAGCUGCGAGCCGUGGGGUCGGUGGGCAGACACCCUCAGGGCCCUGAGGAUGAUCCCACAAACAGGACGGCCCCUACCCGAGUCUUCCCUGGCACACACAGAGGCGCUGUUGGUGUGGGGGGUGAACUCCACCAGGGCCUACGGUAUGGCCCGGCAGGGCCCGUCCAGAGGCUCCUCAUGCAUCAGCCACCCCACAGUGGCCUGCAGAGGCAGCUCCCAAGGGCUGCUCCUGAGAAUGGACAUCACGCCCGCCCAGCCACCACCUCCCACCUACCUUCCAGCUCCUUAAAUGACACCUACCUGGUCCCUGACCCUGCCACACUGUUUCAUCAGGCAUCCAGGCCACAGGCAGCAACAGGCUCGUCGUGGGGUACGGAAGAGCCCCCCUACUCCACCAUCCGGUCCCAGCAGAUGGCAGGGCCAACAGAGAGGCCACCGGGGCCAGAGAGAGGCUUGACCGAGGACCCCAUCAACCGUGAGGAUCGCGACAGAAGGCCGUCCGGGAGUAGCGGACAUUCUGGCAGCUCGGGUCGGAUGUCGGGCGGAGAACUCCACACCGGCCGCCGCCGCCGCUCCCGCAUGUGCCUCCUCAUGUGAGGCCCUGCAGCAGCGCUGGCUCCCCUGGUUGCCCACGCGGUGUCGCAGGAAGCUCACGAGAACAGUGAUGUAGCAGCCUGAUGCGCCGAUGACGAGAGGGCAUGUGGCCAAAGAUGGUUUGACUCAUCAUAAACACAUCGUGCUGCCCUGAGCCAAUGUAUUUUUGCUGGAACCAGAUCGCAGCAGGUGAUCUGAUAAUGGGAGUGAUUCAACUUGGAGGCCACUUAUAAGCAAAGGGAGUUGACUGCAGCCCAUUUAAUUUUGCCUCAUAGCGAAUCUGAGUCAGUCCUUGUUUCCGAAAUGUACUACUAUAAUGAGCCAAGAAUGUCUGUGUGUCCCGUGCGUGACGUCACUCCACGUCGGCCAGCCCCCCUCAUUAAUACUCAUGAACAGGUGGCGUCCUCCACAUGGACCCCCACCCCCUCAUUAAUAAUCAUGAGCGGGUGAUGUCACUCGACAAAGUAGCCCCUUCUCAUUAAUAAUCAUGAGCGGGUGACGUCACUCAACAUGGGGGGGGGGCGAGGCGCCUCCUCCCCCCUCCUCAGCAUCAACUUACAACCCUCACUACA